ACUGGGGUGUAUAUUCUUUGAGUUAAUUGUGUGUUUGUGUGCACAUGAGCACACACAAAGAAUUUGAUGAGAUUAUGCUAUUUAUUCUGUUUUGUAGCUUCUCUUUUUCAUUUAGCAAUAUAUUGUAAACUUUUUCCCAGGUCAAUAAACUGUUGCUUCAUAAGCUUUAAUGCUUGCAGAAUAUUUAAUUGUGGAGUUGUAGUACAAUUAUCUUAAUAUCUCAGAGUAUUUUAAAAUAUGAAUCUUGAAAACACUACUUCAGAUAUAUUUUUAAAUACUAGCCUUAGUUUUUAAAAUGUUUUCUAUGUCUUAGGACAUGUUAGAAAAAUAGACUAAGCAUAGCUUCUACAUCUUGUCGUUGCUUGCAUUUUAGACCAAAUCAUAGAACAAACUUUGAGAGUCAUGGAGACGAUCCUUCUUCCCUGUUUUAGAGGAGACCAAGCUCUUCUUCUUCUUCUUUUUUUUUCUUUUUCUUUUCCUUUUUUUUGAGAUGGAGUUUCGCUCUUGUUGCUCAGGCUGGAGUGCAGUGGCAUGAUCUUGGCUCACUGCAACCUACACCCCUCGAGUUCAAGUGAUUCUCCUGCCUCAGCCUCCCAAGUAGCUCGGAUUACAGGUUGCCAGGAUACAUCCAGGCAACAAAGGCUGCGGUUCCUGUUACUCAGCAGCCUCAAAAACUCACACCAACUCCUGCAAGGAAUGUGAAUCUUGGAGCUCCCAGCUAUUCUGUUCCUGUUUCCGUCAGCUCCUUCCCUGAAAACUCAGAGGUGCUCAGGCUAAAAGGCAAAAUAAAAAGAUGCCACAGGACCAGAUGCUGCCUAGGAGAGAGUAUGCAGAACCAGUGAGAAUGAGCCAGACCAGCUGCUCUCAACACUCCUGGUCAUCUUUGGUCUAUGAGUAGGAUCACUUUGCUGUGGCUCCCUCUGUGGCAGUGGUGGCCUUGUGGCUGCGGGAGAAUGGAAAAACGGCAUCAUGUUGACAAAAAAUCCUUCCAGGACAUUCUGUAAAUGUCCUAUGUGCAGAUAUGGUCAAAAUGAAAAAUUCAGGCCAACUGAGUGAACAUUUCUCCAGAGAUGCUUGAGAUCUUGGAGACAUCUCAGCCUUAAUGAGGACUUUGCAACAUUCCAGACUGCUGUCCUGCAAUGAAGCUCUGAGUCAUGGUCUGUGGGGCUAAGGUACUGGCAACAGUGUGAACCCCAGGACAACUAACCUCACUAACCUUCACUCUAAGCAGAAGCCCAAAGUGAGUCUGGCCUGAAAUCAGAGCAAGCACUACAGAAAGACAUCUUUGUUAAUGGAAAGAGGAAAGAAGAAAAGAAUUUCCAAUAAGUUACAACCAACUUUUCACCAUUCUAAAGAACCCACUUUCCUUAUCAACCAAGCUGGGCUUCUCUCUAGUGACUCCUAUUCUAGUCUUUCUCCAGAAACAGAGAGUGUUAAUUCUGGUGAAAAGAUAAAGACAGACACUCAGAAAAAGAGACCUGGGACUGUGAUACUAUCAAAAUCGUCAAGUAGAAGAAUUAUAUCGGAAAGCCAGCUUAGCCCCCCUGUGAUCCCGGCCCGCAGGCCUGCAUUCCGGGUAUGCUAUAUCUGUGGUCGAGAAUUUGGGUCCCAGUCAAUUGCCAUUCAUGAACCCCAGUGCUUGCAGAAGUGGCAUAUUGAAAACAGCAAGUUGCCCAAGCACUUGAGGAGGCCAGAACCCUCCAAACCACAGUCCCUCAGCAGCAGUGGGUCCUACAGUCUUCAGGCAACUAAUGAGGCUGCAUUUCAGAGUGCCCAGGCACAGCUGCUGCCCUGUGGAUCCUGUGGCUGCACAUUCUUGCCAAAUCAUCUUCCUGUUCAUCACAGAAGCUGCAAGCCAAAGGGUGAGGGUCGCAAAACACCACACUCUAACAGUUCUGAUCAUCUUACUGGCCUCAAGAAAGCUCGUAGUGGAACCCCAGCCCGACCAAGUACUGUUAUCUGCUACAUAUGUGGUAAGGAAUUUGGCACCCUGUCCCUUCCUAUUCAUGAGCCCAAAUGCCUGGAAAAGUGGAAAAUAGAAAAUAACCAGCUCCCUGUGGAGCUCCAGCGGCCACUCCCACAGAAGCCUCAGCCCCUUCCGAAUGCACAGUCCAGCCAAGCAGGACCAAAUCAAGUUCAGCUUGUGUCCUGCCCAAAUUGUAGCCAAAUCUUUACCUCAGACCUCCUUCUGGUACACCAGAGAAGUUGUAAAACUCAUCCUCAUUGGCCGAAAUAUCAAAAUUUGACCUUAGGGAGUAAAGGAGGCCUAAAAAUGUCCACUAAUUCCAAGCAGCAAAGCAACAGGGCAGCACCCAGUGUAACUGAUAAGGUAAUUCAUGCCACACAAGACGCAUUAGGUGAACCUGGUGGCGCCCUCUGCCUGUAGGGGAACCAGAGAAAACUGUCCCCAGAAUCAGCCACCUCAGCCCCUAUUAUUUUUUCUAUCAAUGCCUUGUAUCAGCCUCAAUGCAGCCUGUUCAAGUUAACUCCCCGUUGAACUCCAGGGCCUAUACCUCUCUUGGCUGAAUAGAUAUAAGAACAUCUUUGCCUGAUGGGUUCAUAUUCCUCUUCAAUUCUGCUGUCUAAAAGAAGAAGAGAUGGACUUCUUUCUUCCCUGAUCCCUGAUACAAAUAAUCCCUGGGAGAGACUGUAAUUUGAAAAUGAGUCAUUAAUCCUGUGUCUACAUUACAGAGAUAUAAUUCCCAUUCCAACAGCCAAUAUUUAUUGCCGGUUUAUUUUAGUCAUCUACCUUAGGAAUUCAUUUUUGGCAAUGCUGGGUUAUGCUGAGUUUAUCUUACUAAAAUAGAAUCUGUGUCAAAAACCCCAAAUGACUUUAGCAACAAUUAAACACUGAAGCACUUGCAAAAAUACACAUGGUCUGUAAAUACAGCAUAUUUUUUCUUUGGACACUUACAUGGUUGUAGUAAGUAGGAAAUUAACCCCAGUGUAGACACUGAAGCAACUAGGUUAUGUUCUGGGAGGUGCUUGAUUCCUGCUGCUGCUCUGUGCCCUGUGUUCAGGAUGAAGACAAGGCCCUGACGCCCCCCCUCCCUCCCCAACUUGGGCCAUUCUGAAUAAGCAUGACCCCGGAACCCCCAGCUUGAAUGGGAAAGAGUUUUUAGGGUUUUAUCUGAAGUUUCACCAUGGGCAAGGAUUGGAGAGAGAUGCUUACGAGGGUGGCUACCUGCAAGAUAGGGCCUGGUCCAUGUUCUUUGUCCAUUAAACCAGAUGGUGGAUGCUUUGUCUUGUGUCAACCUUACAGAAUAUCAAAUUAUGAGAAACAGGAAUUGGUAAAAGUC